UCGCCGGCUCCGCAGGAGGAGGAAUGGCUGAGACCGCUCCCGUCGCUGCGCCCGAUGUCGCCGCCGUUCCUUCGGCUCCGGCCAAGGCAACCCCCGCCAAGAAGCCGAAGAAGGCGGCGGGCGGCUCCAAGGCGCGCAAGCCCGCGGGCCCCAGCGUCACCGAGCUGAUCACCAAGGCCGUGGCCGCCUCCAAGGAGCGCAAGGGGCUCUCCCUCGCCGCGCUCAAGAAGGCGCUGGCUGCUGGUGGAUACGAUGUGGAAAAGAGUAACAGCCGCAUCAAGCUGGGGCUCAAGAGCCUUGUCAGCAAGGGCACCCUGGUGCAGACCAAGGGCACCGGCGCCUCCGGCUCCUUCCGCCUCAGCAAGAAGCCCGGCGAGGUGAAGGAGAAGGCGCCCAAGAAGCGGGCGGCCGCGGCCAAGCCCAAGAAGCCGGCGGCCAAGAAGCCCGUCGGCGCCGCCAAGAAGCCGGCGGUGAGGAAGAGCCCCAAGAAAGCCAAGAAGCCGGCGGCUGCUGCCACCAAGAAGGCGGCCAAGAGCCCCAAGAAAGCGACCAAGGCUGCCAAGCCCAAAAAGGCAACGGCAGCGAAGAGUCCGGCGAAGGCGGUGAAGCCCAAAGCUGCCAAGCCCAAAGUGGCCAAGCCGAAAGCGGCUAAAGCAAAGAAGGCGGCGCCCAAGAAGAAGUAAACGGUCCUGAAAAACUCCCGUCUGCCUUGCAGACAACAACCCCAACGGCUCUUUUAAGAGCCACCCAACUUUUCCGCAAAAGAGCUGAAACACUGUUUCUUACUUUUUUAUAUGUGGCUGUCAGUGGAACUCCCGCUCUCUGGCACUACUGUUGCUGGCAGUCCCUCAGAUAACGGUGCACACAAGUGCUUCCGCGUCCUUGUUCUCCGCGGGCGGCUCCGGCAGAGCGCGGCACCGCUCGCUGCAGCCCGGCGCUGUGCGAAAAGCUCCAGGGCAGCCGCGGGAAGCCCCCCGGGUGCGAUCCCGGACACGCUGGGCUUCGGGCAGCGCUCACCGACCCGGCCGGUGGCGGGAGGCAGCUCUCGCAGCCGCUGCUCCCUCCCUCAUCAGCCCGGGCACUGCGCCGGGGGGGGUCCGCGCUCGGGGCCGCUCCCGCCCGCGCCCCUGGAUCCGUGCCGGUUUCGAAAAGCCCGCGCUGCUCGUAGAUUGGCUGCGCCUCUCGGGCUUUUCUGGUGCACGGGAGUUUUCGGGUUAAACAGACGUCCCGUCUCUAAUCCGACAGGCGGGGACUUAGGUUCUUCCCUCGGAGGAAGAGGUUUAUGAGUUUCCUGCUACGAGCCUGCCUCACCGCUGCGGGCUUUUUCACUCCCAGUCUAAUUCUGCCCCCCCUGGAAGUCGUAGGGUGGGGGGGCUCCGCGCGGCAAGGGGAUGUUCCGUGCCGCCCCUUGAGCUGCCCGUAUCCCCGCUGUCCGGUUGAGGUAUUUGUCCCUUAGAGCCGCUAGGCUCAGUCCUUGGCCGGGAGCCAGGGGCUCGUUUCGCCAGGGGAGGCGGCUCCGGGCGCUGUCGGAACCUGCGGGGGGGUUGGAGCGUCCCUCGCCUGCCCCCCAACAUCUCCCCCCUCCCCCCCCUUCUGCAGCCGCCGCCUCCUCCCGGCGAUUUGACCGUGCCCUCCUCCCGCUGCCUUUACCGCAUUCAAGGGAUGUUUUCCCUCUCCUUAGCGGUGGCUGGGUGCUUGGUGGCAGGAGAAAGGAAAAGGGACGGGACGGGAAAGCUGUUUCCUCGCUUCUAGUCAUGGCUCUGGUAUCAGCGUUUCCCCAGCAGAAGGAAGAAGGAAGAAUUUCGUAGAAUUAUCUGCUCAGCUCUCAACAAAAACGGUUGAUCUCAAGUCAGUAGCUCGUAAAUCCGAAGCGAUUACCCCAAAACGGGGUCCCUGCAGUUUAGAGAAGAAAUUGAGACCUGAUUACCGUGUUGUUGAAAAAACCAAUAAGUAAACGUUCUAAGUCCCUGUGCUACAAGGGAAUGAAUACAAAACAGACCCUUCCCUAUUUGUGGUUGCGGAAGGUGUCUUAAAAUAAAGACAUUUUCCUGAAACGCUUCUCUUAUGCUUCUUUUGCAUGUCCACCUAGAAUACGGCUGACAUUUUGGCCCUUGUUUGAAAUUGCCUCUUCCUCUACAUAACGUACAAACCUGCAUGCACAUCACUUAUUUUUUUUUUUUCUUCCCCUAAGAUUCUCGGGCCACGUCCCUGCACCCUGACAGCUCAAAUUCUUGAGCUGAGAUGCAUCUGCCUCUGGAGUGGAGGUGUGCCUAACACGCUCUUGUGGUUACCGUAAGUGAAGGCUGUCGGGUGUCACACCAACUAAUUUUUAGAGAGUUUCACCCUACUGCUGACACUGACCCGAUGAGACUGGGUCCGAUGCGAUUCUCCAGCUGCCUACACCGGGUCAAAAAGGAGUGGAAUUUGGCUGGGUACGGUCAAACAAAAAGCUGUGCAGUGAGAGAGAAUGGGGGCAGUGGUGGUGGGAAGAAGCAUGUGAAAUCAAAGGCCGAAAAUGUAUAUUGUUCAUAGAUUAAUGUGAGGUGCUAUCUUUAUGGAAGGAUACAUUUUAUGAAGCCUCUCAGCUUGAAGGGAGGGGGGAAUAAAAAAACGUCCAUGAGAGGGCAGCAAACACUCGAUAAUGGAAACAUCUUUUUCACAUGAUCCUUUUCAGCUUGAAAGCCAGCUACUUAAUGUCGGUCGCCGAGAUCUUUGUUAAAUAC